UUUUCCUGUCCGGGGGUAAAGUCCUGUGCGUGUGUAUGAAAUCACAUGGCAUUUUAAGAAUGCUUCAAAGAUGGCGGUUUGUGGUAACAGAGUGCAGAAAAGUGCAUGUUUGGAGGUGCUAGUACGAGAGCGAUGGCACGCGGUCCUGGCGAGUUUAAGCGACGCGUCGUUGACGCUCAGCUGCGAGGAGCCCGCGACCGACGCCAGCGUUAACCUGAACGGCAUCACCACCAACGGCGCCUACAGUGACCAGCCGGACCCCACCAACAGUCCCAAAGCCGGAGUAAGGACUCCUUUCACGGAUUCACAAGUUCCCGAAGCGAUUGCGAACCGCAAAAGAUGUGUCAAAGUUAUCAAGCAGGAGGUCGGUGGAUUAGGGAUAAGCAUCAAAGGCGGGAAGGAGAACAAGAUGCCUAUUCUUAUUAGUAAAAUAUUCAAAGGUCUGGCUGCGGACCAGACUCAAGCGCUCUACGUGGGGGACGCGAUACUGUCCGUGAACGCGAUCAAUCUGCGGGACGCCACGCACGACGAGGCGGUGCAGGUGCUGAAGAAAGCGGGCAGAGAGGUUAUGCUGGAAGUGAAGUACAUGCGGGAAGCGACGCCAUAUGUGAAAAAAGGGUCACCGGUGUCUGAGAUCGGCUGGGAGACGCCGCCUCCUGUGUCCCCUCGUCUCGGCAGUCCUCACUUCGAUAUCCCCAGCCCCCCAUCGCUGUCCUUACAGGGCGACCGCAGAUGCAUCCCCCUCAAAAUGUGCUACAUCACCCGGAGUAUGACUGUCCCUGACCCAGAAAACAGGCAGAUUGAGCUGCACUCCUCUGAUGCCAAGCACACAAUAGUCAUGAGACAUAUAGACACAUCUUCUGCCCAGACCUGGUUCACUCUCAUGCAAACUGCCAUCACAAACCUCACCAGCAAAGUCAUCUGUGAACUCCGGGAACACGCGGGCCGCCACGGCAUCGCCGGGAGUCGAGAGAUCCGACACCUCGGAUGGCUAGCAGAAAAGACGGAAAGCGAGAGACAGUGCUGGAAGCCAGUGCUGGUGAUGUUGACGGAGAAGGACCUGCUGCUGUUUGACAGUAUGCCACGCAUGAGAGAACACUGGCUCAGCCCGACACACACCUACCCUCUGCUCGCCACACGGUUGGUGCAUUCUGGUCCAGAUAAGGGUUCACCUCAGCUUGGUGGCGAGUUGUGCUUUGCUACACGGACGGGAACCAGAUUGGGUAUCGAAGGCCAUCUUUUCAGGGCAGAGACCUGCAAGGACUUGUCACUCUGGACCAGACACAUAGUCACUGGCUGCCACGCAGCUGCUGAGAUGAUCAAAGAAGUCACUACCAGUUGUAUGUAUCAGGCUCAGGACUGUCGGUUGGUCAUUCACUAUGAGCGAGGUUUCUCUGUUAUAGCUGAUGGAGAGGACAGCUCUGUGGCACAGCCUCUCUUCAGUUACCCAUUUGAAAAGCUGAAGAUUUCUGCUGACGAUGGAGUACGGAUCCUCUAUUUGGAUUUCGGUGGGAACGAGGGUGAAAUUCAACUGGACUUGCACUCCUGUCCCAAGCCCAUUGUUUUUAUCCUCCACUCCUUCCUGUCUGCUAAGAUUGCAAGAUUAGGAUUGGUAGCCUGAGAUUGAACUGUUACAGACUGAAACAGUGACGUGAUUUAUUCCAACAUGGAGAAGGGAAAACCGGAACGCAGUGGAGCUCACAAGACUGAACGAGGGCGAUGAUGCAGAACUGGCGCUGAAGCAAACCGGACAUUUCAUUAAUGAUAAACAAUGUAUUUUUCAGAGAGAGAUUAAUUAUAGUGAAACACAAUUUCACAUUGAUUUUCUACGAAAAAAAAUCUAACUAUAUAAUGAACACUAACUUGUGAUUGGAACU